GCCCCCGAGCCGUAGGCAAAACGCACGACCGUGUGCCUCGCGUUGCCUACAUCGCCUUUUUGCAGGCGAACGUGUUUCUAAUUUCCCCCGAUUUCUUUUUGUGCGUGUGUGCGUCCUCUGCAGUGGAUUCGGCAGCACCUCUCGAGUGUCUCAUAUGGAACCGCCGGAGGAUAUUGGCUUUUGAUAUGACGGCCACAACAAGCACCACCCUCGCAUUAUUUGCUGUAGCCAUCCUUGUCUCAUUAUGUUGCACAACAACAGAUGCAAAUGACAAAGUGAACUUCCGCGAAAAGGAGAAACAAGUGCUGGAUCAGAUUCUGGGUCCAGGUCGCUAUGACGCAAGGAUCAGGCCCUCCGGGGUCAACGGCACAGGCAAAGGUGAAGACAAUAGUAACCCCACAGUUGUGAAUGUCAAUAUCUUUCUUCGCUCCAUCAGCAAAAUUGAUGAUUAUAAGAUGGAAUACAGCGUGCAGCUGACUUUCCGCGAGCAGUGGACAGACGAACGACUCAAAUACAACGAUUUUGGAGGGAAACUCAAGUAUCUUACGCUGACUGACGCGAGCAGAGUAUGGAUGCCCGAUUUGUUCUUCUCGAACGAAAAAGAGGGCCACUUCCACAACAUCAUCAUGCCCAACGUCUACAUCCGUAUUUUCCCAUACGGAUCAGUGCUCUACAGUAUUCGAAUCUCCUUGACGCUUUCCUGCCCGAUGAACCUCAAGUUGUACCCGCUCGAUCGGCAGGUGUGCUCUUUGAAAAUGGCCAGCUACGGCUGGACGACGGACGAUUUGGUAUUUUUGUGGAAGGACGGUGACCCAGUGCAAGUUGUCAAGAAUCUACACCUACCACGCUUCACGCUAGAGAAAUUCCUCACUGAUUAUUGCAACAGCAAAACAAAUACAGGCGAGUACAGUUGCCUCAAAGUGGACCUGAUGUUCAAGCGCGAGUUCUCGUACUACUUGAUCCAAAUCUACAUCCCGUGCUGCAUGUUGGUUAUCGUGUCAUGGGUCAGCUUUUGGCUGGACCAGGGCGCGGUGCCGGCGCGCGUCUCGCUCGGAGUGACCACUCUGCUGACCAUGGCCACGCAGACAUCAGGUAUCAACGCAUCGCUGCCCCCCGUCUCGUACACAAAGGCCAUCGACGUAUGGACGGGAGUCUGCUUGACCUUCGUGUUUGGGGCGCUGCUCGAGUUCGCCCUGGUGAAUUACGCCUCGCGUUCAGACAUGCACAGGGAAAACAUGAAGAAGCAGCGAAGACAGCAAUACGAGUCGGAGCACGCACUUGAGUUCGAAUUUCAGCCGUUGGUGCGUCACCCUGGCGACCCGAUGGCCAUCGAGAAGCUGCGGCCGUGCGAAAUCCACGUGCCGCCGCAGCGGGACAACUGCUGCCGCUCGUGGCUGUCCAAGUUCCCGACGCGCUCCAAGCGCAUCGACGUCAUUUCGCGCAUCACCUUCCCGCUCGUGUUCGCCAUGUUCAACCUGGUCUACUGGUCAACCUACUUAUUCCGCGACGAGGGCGAGGAGACGUAAGCAGCAAUACUCCCCCGACACACUCACCGACACUACCCGCGCACGAAGGCAUACAUAAUCGACUCACGCACACAUACUACACUACACACCGACACAACAAAACACACUUGGAGCAUCGCAGAAGGAGCGAAAAGUGCAGUGAAAGAAUGGGAAGAACGAGAAAAAGAAUGAGUUUAAAACUGAACACAAGUGCUAUCGCAGCUUCUCCGACGCCGAUUUUAAUCGCGACUUCUCCCUAGUAUCCCAGCCUACAGGUCACAUACUAUUCGAUUUCAAGCGAAUUUACACUCGGGAGGGGUGACUUCGUCAGGAGCGGUCUUUGGCGAAACUUUGUGAUCGUUGCAGGUUUUUGAACAACUUCGUUUUUAAGGGCUGCAAUUAUUCGACCAGUAAAUCUCGUAAAUUAACUAAUCGUUUUCAUUUUAAUCUUUACGAACGCUAUUAUUAGUGAGUUUUGAGUUCUAAGAGCCCUUAGAAACAAAUGUUGCAACCAGUCUGCUUCCAGCAGAAAAAAAUUAGCGUCGAUUUUCGAUUCACACACGUCAAGAGCCAAUCCUGGUGAUCAAUUAUUCCUCCCCUAGCAAAUAUGACAGUGUGAUUGCGUUAUUCCUUCAGAUUCGGAAGCAGAAAUUUGCAUAAUUUAGCAUCCGUUGUUGAGUGUGUUGACGCAGAUGCAAAUCAUAUUGUUUUGAAUUCUAUUGACUUCCGGAGGCGCUCCAGCGUGUGGCCAAACACGUGCUCAAUAAAAUGUAUCAAGCCACGAACUCAGAUGAUAUUAAGCAAACACAAGGCCAAAUUAGGCGGAAAAAUAAAUAAUUUGUAAUCCCUCGGUAAAAAAGAUAAUAUCUUAUAAAUGCAACUUUUGUAUAAAGAAUGAAUUUCAACUCGCAAUCAAUGUGGUUAAGUGUAUAUCACGCAUCUUGAAUGUUUGUACGGACAAAAUGUCGUUUCAAUUAUUUGAAUCUCGUGCGCUACGCAACGUUUGCAACUCAUGACUAGCAUGACUUUCUCGGAGAUGCACUUUCGGUUUUCCGGCUUAUUCCUACAAAGGAUGUAUGAACCUAGGGUUAAAUCCCCUGUGAUGAGCUCACGUGGAGAAUUACAGGUCUCUUGCGCGCUAUUUCUUCUAUUGUAAACUUAUGAACAUGGGUGUUAGGAUCACAAGUAGCCGCGAUCAUUUAUUUCUAGCAAAUCGAUAAUUAUUACCGUAUAGCAAUCAUCACGACAUUGAAUAACCAAACGAGCAAAAGAUUGCAAAUUGAUAUUUAUACGACUAUAAGUACACACACGAACAACACCCACUCACAGACACGCAGCAAGAAUCUUAAUUGAAAAGUAAGUAGUGCAAAGAGAUUAUCUCCGCGAGCAGAAAUUAUAUUUAUACCUAAGAUAUAAUUAUUACAAAAUUGACAUUCAGCGUAAUUAAAGUGUUAAUUCUACGUAAGUCACUGGUUGAUAGAUCAAUUAUCAUUACCGAUUGGUUAUUGCUUGUGGAAAUAUGUAUAUCUGUUGUUGGUGCGAAUAAAAGUAUUAUCAGAUAAUGUAUCAUGAGGAGACAAAACACUAA